ACUGGCUUUUUAACGAGGUCAUGAAACUCCGAAGCCUCAUAACAAUGCGUAGGACUUCACUGGUGUAAACUUGUGGCCUAGAUGUUGACCCAAGGUUUCUCAAAAUCAACGCGCAUAGAAUUCUUAUUAUGCGCUAUAUAUCUAAACAGGAACAAUUCUGGAUCGCUUGCAGUUUUGGACGUGAAGGAGCUGCUAAGAGGUUGAUCGAAUCUGGUGUGGAUGUUAACUGGAAGUCCUAUGUGUACGAAUGCUAUCCUAUACAUAUCUGCUCCCAAGGGAAACCUAGUAUUUUACAGAUGGUUAUUCGAGCAGGAGCAGAUAUUAAUGCACUCGAUUCAGGAGGUAAUACAGCUUUGCACCAUGCUGCUAUGUCAGGCAAUGAAACCAAUGCUCAAAUGCUUUUAUCUGCAGGCGUAAAUGUUGAUAUAGUCAAUAAAAAUGGUUGGACACCGUUAUUUAAUGCUGUCUACUGGAAUCAUCCAUCUAUAGCUGAGAUGCUACUGGCCAAUGGUUCAAGUCCAUUUUUGAAGAAUAAGAAUGGAAGAAUUCCUCUACAUGAAUUAUGCCGAACUAAAUCCAAAGAUUCUGUUCGAAUUCUUAAAAAUUUCGAAUUACUUCUUGAAUGUAUGAAUAAAUGUAAACGAGAAGCAUUAGUCAGUAUGACCGACUGCAAGCCUGAUCCCAUUACUACUACUUCUACUACUAUUGAUGACAAUCUAAAUUUGAAUGAAACUACAAUAGGUAAUUGUGGAACUUCUAUCGAUUUGGAUAAUAUGAGCUUAAGAGCAUGUUCUCAAAAUGAUUUGGAUUCAGAAGCUGAUUUUACCCCACUUCUAUUUGCCUGCUAUCAUGGACAUUUGGAACUUGUCAAAGCAUUGUUGAAUCGUGGCGCUAAUGUUUCCGUCACUGACAAGAAUCAUUGGACAGCUUUACAUUGGGCUGCACAACAGUGCCAUGCUGAUAUUGUUGAAGUACUAUUGGAUUAUGGUGCAUCAAUAUAUGCAAAAGAUUUGCAUGGUUGUAUGCCAUAUGCAGUAACUAGUGAUAUAGGUUUACAAGAAUGUCUUUCACCUGAUAUUGACUAUCCAAAUAUUAUAUCCAAUGGACAUGUAACCACUGACGAUGAAGAUGACGAUGACAAGGACAAUCAUAAUGAUGAUGUCAACGACGUAGACAGAAAAGAAGGAGCAUCUAAAAUAAAACCAAGUCCUCUUCAACUACAAUUAUUCCAAUCUUAUCCACAAAUAAAUAUGAAUGAUUCAUUAGAUUCAUCUGUGAUAACUAAACAACUUAAUUUAAUGGAAUUAUCUUUAGUUGAAAAUCAUAUGGAAAUAUCCACUGCUGAAAUAGCAUCACCUGAAGUUUAUAUUAGCACUGUAUAAUUAUCAGCAAUAACAAGUGAAGAAAAAACAAAAUUCUAGCUUCUUUUUGACUUUGUUCUUUCUUUCUCUCUUAUACAGAUUACUUGUAUUGUUGCCUUAAAGAAUGUCAACUUGUUCUCUAUUCUAUUAUUUAUUUUUAAAAAAAUGGCAUUAUACAUGACUGAACUAUUAUCAAAUUUGUAUCUAUAAUGCAUGUCUUAAACAAUAUCAUAAUGUUUGCAUGUAUAUAUCUUGCUUGAACUGCACAUACAAAUAAUACCCCCAUAUUAUUAAGUCAGUCAGUCAGCUACAACGUAGGACCAGGCACAUUAUGCAUCGGUCCAAGUUGCCAUACCUUGUUGGCACAUCGGAUUCAUAGAAGUAGUUAAUUUAGUGGUGGUAGUAUAUAAAAGAUAAGUUGUAUAUAAGGAUAUAGUAUAGGAGGGAAGACAGGUGUGAAACAAUUUUAAUCUCAAGAUUAUUAUUAUGUUUGGAUAGUCAUAUUGAAUGAUCAUUGAGGAAUCUUAGUUACACUUAUUGUCAAACUGUCAGGUUUCUUCUUUUUUUAUACUUAGAUGGAUAGUCUAGCUUAGAGCUUUAAUAUUUGUUGUGUCUGCUAUGUUAUUUUGAGUAUUAUUAGCUUUUCACGUUGAAAACACAUGCGAUUGGCAUAAAAUUCAAAUGAAUCUGAUGUAAAUUGAAUUAAAAUGAUGAUGUUUACUAAUAACAGUAUAUUGAUAGUUUAUGAGAAGAGAAUACAUUGAUGCAUUACUUUUUUUCAUUCUUCUUAAAUCUUUCCUCCUUUACAAUAUGUCGCAUACUUUCUUCACAUGUCCUGCAUAUUUUGUUUGUCUAUUUUAAUUUAAAAUAAUGUUUUGAUUUGACAUUUUGAUGUAAUGUUUUUGUCUCAUGUAUAGUUAAGCAUAAGAUUGCCAAGUUUUCACUUUCAUUGAAUAAGUGCUACUUGGAUUGUUAAAUGAUGUGUGUUACUUCG